GGAGGGAGGGAGGGGAGAACCUUCCCCUUGCAAAGGCCGCCUUCGCCGCCGCCGCCGCUUGCAGGAAGGAGCCGCCGGCCUCCCCCGACUUCGCCCAGGCCGCCCCCCCACCUCGAAGCCCAGUCACUAACUGGAUAUGUCUGACCGAGGAAAAGAACUGGCUGAAGGGGAGGUGAAGAAAUAUAUCUAUCACAACCUAGCCAUGUUCCAUCGCGUCCAAGUGAACCAAAUGAUCCACUUGAAAUGUUUCACCGAAACAGACCGGCAAAAGAUCAGAGCCAGCUACACCAACGAAGGAAACAACGAGACCACAUUCCUUUUCUUCCAACUCUUGUGCUGCAGGGAAGGCUGGGUGAUGUACUUCAUAAAAGCUCUCCGCGAACAGCAGAUGGGCGACUUGGCUGACAAGCUGGAAUGCGUCUAUCGCAGCAAACUCCUCCCCCCCAGGACCCCUCCAGCACCUUCAGCACCCCCAGCUGCCAAUCGGCCUUCAGCUCCGCCUCUCCGGCCUGACGUGAGUGACCUGAGUCCUGGAAAUUUUGAGGCCCAAGCCCUUCCGUGGUCUCCCUCGCGACUGACCGCUUCAUCUGCCAAUCUGCCCCCCCAGAAUAUGGGGGAUUACCGGACUCCCAUUCAAGAAAACAGCCAUCCGACCCCGGACAGUGGAGCCAAUCCAGGUUUACCCUCCAUUUCUGACACCAGUUCAGCAUCUAACAUCAGAGCGGCUGUCAGAGGAGACGGAGCGAUUGCAUCUCCAGAUCCGUAUCCUGUCGAAGUGUCUGAAUCCGUCCCGGGCCCCGUGGAAGAGAGACCGCUUCACUCCCUAAGAAUUUCAAACUCGGCUGCAGGUAGCAUGGAGAAGAACUGGGACGGACGCCAGCACCACCCAGUGACGGUGAAAAACGGGUGUUUUGGGAACCCGCGCCGCCCAGAGGAUAGUGGAACUGGUUCAGCACUGCCCACCGGCGCUUGUGAUAAUCAGCCAGAAGAGGAUUAUUACUCGAGCGAUAGUGUCCCGUUCGCUUUGACCAAUCCGAGAGAGGAUUCGGCGACCGAUCGGAAGAUCCAUGUUCUCCGAGGCGAUCGAAAGCAGGAAAAUCCGCCCGUUGUGCCCAGUCUACAAACUCGCUUGGAUGCCCCGAGGAAAAAUUUCCCAGCUUCUCGGGGGUCACCCGAAAACCAGCCGCAGCUCUUUAGAGAUCCUCCAGCGAACGGUGCCCAGCCGUCCCUUAAGCCUCUGCUUCCGGUCGCCGACCCUGAACGUCGUCUGCCUUCGCAUUCUUCCGUCGAAAGAAAAUUGCCCAAGCCUCGUAGCGAUGUUUCAGCCGCUGGAGGCGAUGGUCCCUCGCGUGACGUUAAGCUUCCCGUGGAAGAGAAAAUGGAAGAAACCACCGGAACGGGUGGCUUGGCAGGGAGGUCGGAGUGGGGGAUGGAGCCUCGGUCUUCAGCUGUUAGGGACCGCAAGAGAGACGGCCGCAUCUUUGACAGCAACUGUAGUGAGGACGAUCUGCCUCCCAAACCAGGGAUUCUGUCUUCAGAUCUUGCCGCAGAGCCCAGCAAGCUCAGCUCAGGUGAUGCUGGAGAGACCCCCGGUAUGUAUUCCGGGUCAUCAGAAAGAUUACGCAUGAGCACGAGCGGCAGCGACCCCAUUUUGAUAAGUGAAAACAGCUCAGCCGGCCAUUCCAUCGCGAGCAUCACAGGGGCGAGCGUUGCUGUUGGCGCUACUCUUCCACCCGAGGUUGGCACUGAUGAAGAAGACACGUCCUUCAGGAGUCACCACCUGCUCGUGGAGAAGAAUCCAAGUAUGGAUCUCAUGGAGGUUCCUAAGGACGGGGCCUCUUCGCGACGUUCCCCGAGGGCGUUCCCAGAUUCAACCUCUGACGGUCAACCAUCGAACGAAGCCAAGGACCCCCAGGCGGGCCCUUCCCUCCCAGAGAAGAAAGUUGAGUUUGAGGAAGCGGCCACUUCAGGUGACUUUCGGAUGGUUGUGCUGGGAUUGGCUCUGGCGGCUCUGGCAAGCGCUGCUUUUGUGCUGUAUAAGAAGAAAUAAGCACCGGAGUGACCGAUCGGUUGUUGACCGAGCUGAAAUUCACACCCAGCCGCCGUCUCUUCCUACCGUUGCUUGAUCCUCUACGGAAAGGAAGCACAAGGGAACUUGCUUUCUGUAGAUCGCUUUCUUCCACCGAUGCGUGAUACUCCCGCAAGCGUUGAACUCUUAUCCUCACAACAUGCCUUGCUGAUUAUCUCUAGUCUGCCUUUGGGUCACUAAUGACGUCUUUUGAUGCAGGUUUAUUUUAGAUCGGUCCGUUCAGUGGCCUAUUCCCCCCCCCCCUCCAAAUAGCCAAGCAGAUCAGAUCUAGGACUUUUCUCAGAAAUUACAGGAAAACAGAAAUCUGGACAUCAAAGCAAAAUCCACAUAGUUGGUGAGGGAAUUGCAGGAUCUCGGCGGAGUUUCAUUUUCUAAAAAAAAGGUCAUAUCGCAAAGAAUACACUGGCUGACGUGGAGGAGUGACCGGCUUCCUGAUUCCAGUGGGUAAGGUCUCUUUGAUGUGGCUUAGAAAAGAAAAAUUUAGCAAGCAACCUCUUCACUAUGUCCUGAAUACAACGUUCUUUGGCUACGCGAUAUGUUGUUGCUGUAUCCUUAGAAACGAGCAGCCAGUUCUUCAGCCCGUUUUUUUUUUUCUGGAAUUAACAUCCGCUUAGGGAAUUUAGGGGAAAGCAGUGGACUUCACCGAACUGUUUGGGAAUCCUCGUUCUUCCUUUUCUGUUUCUUGGAAAGGAGAAGCAUUAGAAUUUCAUUCUACGAUUAUUACA